AUGUGGGUGAAUUUCAGCAGCAAAUACGUGGCUCAGUUAAAGAACAUCACAUGGAGAAAGCUGUUGAAGUCCCUCAAAUCAGGGCCCUCCCCAUUAACUUUCAAUGUGGAGACAGCGCACCCGAGCAUUUUUAUCUCCAGAGACAACACGGACGGGGUCGUCUCACACAACAAGCGCUUCCUCCAGUGUGUUAAUGUCCUCCAAUCAGGCCAACACUGCUGGGAGGUGGAAGUUGGUCCCGAGCCCAAGUGGGAUCUGGGCUAAACCUCUGGAUGCGUCGACAGGCACGCUCGGAUCAAGCUGAGCCCCAAAAAUGGCUACUGUACCCUGCGGCUAUGAAACAAUAGCAAGUAGUCAGCGAACACUCAUCCCUGGACAAGACUAAAGCUCAACUCAUUGCCUCAGAGAAUUGGAGUCUUCGAUUGUAAGGAGAGGAGGAUGUCCUUCUCCAAUGCUGAUGAUACGAGCCUGCUCUAUCUCACCAACGGGCCAAGAGGCCAAGUGUACCCCUUGUAUCAAUGA